AUGGAAGACCCCCUGGAUCACCUCGAUGAGUUUGAUCGUCUCUACAGUCUCACCAAGAUCAAUGGGGUCAGUGAGGACGGUUUCAAGUUACGUCUCUUUCCAUUCUCUCUGGGUGACAAAGCUCAUCAAUGGGAGAAAACUCUUCCUCCAGGAUCUAUCACAUCCUGGGAUCAAUGCAAGCAGUCGUUUCUUGCCAAGUUUUUCUCCAACUCCAGAACUGCACGUCUGCGCAACGAGAUCUCUGGGUUCACUCAGAAGAAUGGAGAAACGCUUUGUGAAGCAUGGGAGCGCUUCAAAAGUUAUCAGUCUCAGUGCCCCCACCAUGGCUUUACCAAGGAGUCUCUCCUCAGUACCCUUUACCGAGGUGUUCUCCCAAAGAUCCGGAUGUUACUUGACACUGCUAGCAAUGGCAACUUUCUGAACAAGGACGUCAAUGAUGGUUGGGAGCUUGUUGAGAACCUAUCCCAGUCCGAUGGCAAUUACAAUGAAGACUACGAUAGAACCAUCAGGAUAAGCACAGAUCUUGAUGAGAAGUACAAGAAGGAGAUGAAAGCUGUGAAUGAUAAGCUGGACAAACUCUUGAUGAGCCAGCAGAGGAACAUUCAUUUCGUCUCUGAAGACGAUCCUUACCAGAUUCUGGAUGGGAAGGGCGAACAAUCUGAGGAAAUAAGUUAUGUCCAGAAUCAAGGUGGAUACAACAAGGGAUACAACCCCUAUAAGCAGAAUCCCAAUCUGUCUUAUAGGAGCACCAAUGUUGCAAAUCCCCAGGAUCAGCAAGGUUACCAACCUUCAGCAGGACCACUACCAGGAUUCCAACCUCAACACGCUCCGCCUCCUCAGGCACCAGAUCAUGACAUGAAAAACAUGCUGCAACAGUUAUUACAAGGACAGACAAGUGGAUCUAUAGAGUCUGCUAAGAAGUUUGCAGAGAUGAAUAAUAAGAUGGACUGCACAUACAAUGCUCUCAAUCUCAAGAUUGAAGCUUUGACCUCUAGAAUUCUUCACCUGGAAAGCAAGAAUGCAUCUACUUCUUCAGGACAACUCCCAGGGAAAGCCAUGCACAACCCAAAAGAGUUUGCAACAGCCCAUGCCAUCACCUUAAGAGAGUUACCUAUUACAAAAACUUCUAUGGAUAUCACUGCGGACAGUGAGGAUCUAUAUGGGGAGGAUUUUUCUCCAAAUGAAGAUUCCACACAACAAAUCAAAGUCGAUCAUGAUCCACCUGCCAUGGUAAAACAUGAUAUUCCAAAGAGUAGGAAACCACGUUACAUUCCUCCACCCUACACGCCUCCAUUACCAUUCCCUGAAAGAUUCAAGGAAAAAAUAAUGGAGAAGUAUAAAGGACUGCUCGACACACUCGAAGGGACUGAACUAACAAAAGCUUUGGUAGAUGCUCAUGCAAAGAUUCCGUCUUACAAUAAAAUCCUGAAAGAGGUCCUAUUGGGGAGGAUUCAAGAGAAGAAGGAAAUAACUAAAGAUGCUGAGGAGAAAGCUGAGGAAGAUGAGAGAGUAAAAUCACUUAACCAUGAGUGUUGUGCCAUUGUACAUAAAGAGGUUAUCCCAAAGAAGCUAGAAGAUCCUGGUUCAUUUACUUUGCCUUGCACAAUAGGUCCACUAUCUUUCAGUAGGUCUCUCUGUGACCUAGGAGCGUCAGUUAGUCUCAUGCCUCUCUCUGUGGCUAGAAGGUUAGGUUUUACACAAUACAAAACGUGCAACAUAUCCCUCAUCUUGGCAGACAGAACGGUUAGGGUUCCAUAUGGCUUGUUGGAAGAUCUCCCAGUAAAGAUUGGUGAAGUAGAAGUACCAACAGACUUCAUUGUUUUGGAGAUGGAUGAUGAGCCUCAAGAUCCACUCAUCCUAGGAAGACCAUUCUUAGCUACAGCAGGAGCAAUCAUUGAUGUCGGGAAAGGGAUGAUUGAUCUUAAUCCGGGUAAAGACUUCAAGAUGAAGUUUGAUAUCAAGGACAUCUUGAGUACGCCAACAGUUGAUGGGCACACUUUCUCCACUGAAGAUGAGUCAACUAAGCAAAUACUCAAGCAAGGUGUAAAAGAAUCUAUGGAUCCCUCAUCGGAUGGUUGUUUAGAACUUCGAAUGAUCAAAGUUUUGAAAGAUUUAGUGAAAAGGUUAAUAGCUAUGGUCAAGAAAAUGGGUGGGCAAAUCAAGAAACUCAAAAGAAAAAUCAAUGGUCCUUGUCCAAGGAGACAGAGUGUGAGUGUAAAGAUGAGCAGCAGAUCCUGUGAUAUUGACCUAGGAAAAAGAGGAGGAAUGAAAUCUCUGAGAAUAGAGGGUGCUUCAACACCUCUCUAUGAGCCUCCUUAA